CAAACUAAAAGCAAAGCAUUGACAACUCAGCAGCCAGAAAAGAAAGAAGUGAUUUUGUGUGGUAUUGCAUGAAAAAUGGGUUUAUUUAGAGAAGUUUUGCGAUUUUGAAGGGAAAAUGUGUGUAAUUUAAUCAACCUAAUACAUCUAAUGUUCAAAUAAAGGGUUUUUUCAAGUUUAGUUCACUAAAAUGACGAAAAUGUUUGGUCGCCAAAGUAACUCUUCAACUAAAACAAUCUUGUUGAAAUCGCCAGAUUCGGAUAGGGUUCGUGAAGUAGUGAUUACCGAAAUUGUGGUUCCAAAUAGUCGAAAUUCAGUUGAAAGAAUAUCACAGAUUGACAGAAUGGACACAAAAAACAUGAGUAAACCUCCAAGAAAGAGACGCCUGGAUCAUUUGAGCCAGGAGGAAAAAAUCAUGAGGAAGAAACUGAAAAACAGAGAAGCUGCACAAACAUCAAGAGACAGAAAAAAAGCUAGACUAGAAGAACUGGAAUCGGCAGUUUGCCGGCUGCAGAAGCAGUGUGACAUCCUCUGUGACAAAUACGAGACGGUCAGUUUGGAACGUGACGCCCUGAAGCGUGAACUGGCCGCAGCCAACGAAGAGCUGUGGAGAUGUCGUGUUGAAGGAGACCUGAAGGUGGACCUUAAGGGCGACCUUAAGGUGGACGCAGCUGUCAUGACCGAAGGACCUGCAGUGUCCCUCUCUCUCUCACUCCCUCUGCCGCAGGGAUUGACAGCUGUUGUUCCCAUCUCUGUCUCGCCUCCCUUAGCACGCCGUCUGCCGGCUCUGGCCAAUCACAGGCAAAACCACUUUCCAUACGCCCAGUGGUCACCCUUCCAGCUGCCGCACCUCCAACUUGUGGUGCUGGUGAUUUUGGCAGACCUGGCUGAUGACGUCAUCGACUGCUGGCUCAGCAACAGUGACAAGGUUGGCACACCUGAUUUCGAAGAGCUUGAACUGUUUGCCGAUUCUCUCUUCAAACAGGCCAUGGAUUUCGAGGAAGCUGACAACUUCUUGCCAUGCAUUCCAGAAUCCAGUGGAGACUCCAUGGACUCCGACGGACCGUCCGCCGCCUGCUCCCCGUCUGCAGACAGUAUGCAGACGUAUGCAUCAUCAUCCACCGCUGCUAGUCCACUAGCAACCUACAAUGCAUCUACUGAACUCGAAAUGGAGGAAGUUAAACAUGUAGUUUCUAACGAUAUUAUCCCCUCACAACACAGUCUUUUCAAACCCUAUUUAACAUUGGAACCAGGAAACAUCAACGUAGAGUCUGCAGAACAACGUAACAUCAACGUAAAUUCUGCUGGAGAAACUAUCGGUACCUCGCAGAACGUCUGCAGAGAGUCUGUUGGGGAACAACGUAACAUGAACGUACUGGCCACAGAGCAACGUAACAUCAAAGUACUGCCUGAGGCUCCAAAGAACGUCUAUAAACAGUCUGUUGGGGAACAACGUAACAUGAGCGUACUGGCCACAGAGCAACGUAACAUCAAACUACUGCCUGCAAAUGGAGUAACUGAGGCUCCGAAGAACGUCUACAAACAGUCUUUGGAGGAGAUGUGUAACAUCCGCAUAAAAUCAGAAGAUGAUGUUACCGACGUUCCGAAGAAGAUCUGCGUUGAAGAGAAACGUAACAUGAGCGUACAGUACACAAAUGGGGUUACUUCUCUCGUCUGCAGAGAGUCUGUGGCGGAUAAAAUCUGUGUACAGCCCACAGACACUCAGAAGAAGGCCAUUAUCAGACCGACCGCACAGCGUAACAUCCGCGUAAAACCCGCCGACUCCCUGAAGACAGUCGGCCGACCGUACGUGCCGAUACAGCCACGUGUGGCGGAGCCGUCUGCAGAGCCGAUAGUGUUGAUCUGCACACAGUCGGCAGACGAAGGUGGGAAUUUUGUGUUUAUGGGAGAUGUGGUAAUUGGGGAGGUUUGUUGUACUACAGCUGUAGCUGAAGAGGUGGUAAUCAGUGAAGACUGUGACAAUAACAGUUACUGUCAGGACAGUAGCAGUUACUGUCAGGACGGUAGCAGUUACUGUCAGGACAGUAGCAGUUACUGUCCAGAUACUGACGACAGUGAUGUGGAAAUUGUCGAGGUAGAUGAAAAGCCAUCUUUGAUAGAAUUGGGAGAGAAAUGUUUUUGCGAAGAAGGUCAUUCUGAUGAUCAUGGUUAUGAAUCGAUCGGGUCUCCUGACAGUGAUGUAAAUGCCACUGUCAAUCUGAGGCAGCUUUUUCCCGAGCUAUGGUGAAUAAUUCAUCCAAAUUUAUUAGUAAAUAAUGAAUAAUUCAUGAUAAAAUAAUGAAUAGUUUGUUGUUUUUAAAGUUUGAAUAGGUAGUUCAUCAACAAAAAUGUUUCAAAUCAUUGUGCUGUAUGCAGGGACAAUUAUCUAUGUAAUUAGUGACAAAAAUAAUGAAUUGUUUUUACUCUUUUUAUGUAUUUGAACACGACAUGCAGUCGUGUUCUAAUAUUAUUAGAUUAUAUUUAGUAAUAUUUAUUAAGUAAAUAUUAAAAACUUUUACUUACUGACUGUAAGUACAGUACUAACAGUCAGGAAGUAAAAGUUUUUAAUAUUUACUUAAUAAUCGACUGCAUGUCGUGUUCAAAUUCAUAAAAAAAAGUGUGUUUAUACAAAGCAGCUCGGAAUGAAUCAAGAAACCAUCAUAACCUGGAAUUGUUUUUGAUUUAUGAAUAGUAAAUCGUCAACAAAAUGUUGUGUAUCAUUUUUUUUUAUGCAGCGACAAUGAUUCAUGUAAUGACAAAAAAAAGAAUUGUUUUUGAGAUAUAAAUAGUAAAUCAUCAGCAGAACAAUAUUUGUGUUCUAUUAUGUGAAUGAUUAGUUUUCUUUAUAAUUAACACAACUUGUAACUUUAUAUUGUGUAAAUAUGUUGAUGAAUUAUCAUAGUUUAUAAAAUAUAAUAAAAUAAAAUUUAAAAAAAUUGAAAUUUGAAACAAAAUCAGUAGAUUGUGUAGUGUUUGAAUAUGUAGCAAAUUUGUAGAUUGUGAAUCUAAGUUUUUCAAAAAAUUUGGAUCAUUUCAUUUUGUGAUAAUGGUGAUUAAUUCAUCAAAAUGCACAAAUUUAUACAUCACAGUAUUUUAUUGUAGAGUAAUACAAAUAUAUUGAUAAUCAAUAGAUUUCAGGCCCGGUUGCACAAAAGCCGGUUGAAUUUUAACCGUGAUUAAUUUCACGAGAACCAUUCAGUGAAGGAAUUUUUGAAAAGACGGCUUCUCUGAUUGGUUCUCGUGGUAUUAAUCACGGUUAAAAUUUUACCGGCUUUUGUGCAACUGGCACUCAAGUGUUUUUGUUUCUGAAGCUAUCGUAAUGUUUUUGUAAAUGUCUAUUUAUUGAUAACCUUACUAUUAAAAUUCUCUAUAUUUAUCAAUAGUUUUGUAUUAAAGUCGUCUGAAAUUCAUAAUUUUUUCUCUAAAUGUUACUAAUUUAUUAUAGUCUUUAUUGAAUUAGGCUAAAACAAAAUUUUGUAAUUCCAUAGCUAAUAGAAGAUUUAGUUUUAUUUCUUUCAUAAAUUUAUUAAUUUGUUCAUUUUGUAGUUUUUUGUAUUCUCACUUUGAGUUCUAUGUAGAGUUUAUAAAAGUUGAAUUAUAAUAUCCAUUGUAAAUCGUUAAUUAAUUUUUUAUGAAGGAUAUCUUGGAGGAAUUUAUAUCAGAUUCAAAUUGUAUCAUCUGAAUGAAUGAUUCUCGAAUCUGGAUCAUAUUCAAAUUUUUUAAGUUCCUCCAUCAAUUUAUCCUCUAUUUCCUUGAAGUAUACGUCCUCAUUCUUCUAUCUUUUGUAUUUCUCAUCUUAAAUUUGAUAGACUAAUAUAGUAGAAUUUAUCACUAUUUUUACCUAGCUUAGAAAUGGGAAAACACUGUCUCAGAUUAUUUAGUGUAUAACAUCUAUGUCUCUAUUGAUAGGAAGAUAUUGUAUUCUAUAUUUUGAACAUCAAUUUUGAUUUGUAUAGUUAUUUAUUCACAGCUUCGCAUAGAUUUAGAAACUAUAUUUGUUUGCUUCCUCGAGUACCGAAUAAAAAGA